AACCCUCUCUCCCCAAAAACCCAAACCCUUGGCGGCUGCGAGACCAAUUGUUCUCUCUCUCUCUCUCUCUCUAUCUGUAGCUCCUUUUAGGGUUUCUCGGCUCUUAGAUUUGGGGCUAAAACCCUCGAUUUUGAUUUGGUUGAUCCAGAUUCAGGUUUAGGGGGUGCUAUUUUUUAUUUCGCAUCUGAAAAAGAAAAAGAUCUCGUGGUUGAUUCCGACAUGGCCACUGUUGCAAAUCCCGCCGAUCAAGCAACCGAUUUGCUACAAAAAUUAUCAUUAGAUACUCAGCCCAAGGCCUUGGAAAUUCCCGAGCCUGCCAAGAAGGCUACUGGCAAUCAAUAUGGAUCAGUUGACUCUGGAAAUGCUGUGAAUGGCCAGAUCCCUCCAUAUGAACGGUCUGUAACCCCAGUGUUACAAGAUUUUAUUGAUCCCAGCAUGUGUUAUCUUCCGAAUGGUUACCCGUCUACUGCCUAUUAUUACGGUUAUGAUGGGACUGGUAAUGAGUGGGAUGAUUAUUCUAGAUAUGUGAAUCCUGAAGGAGUUGACAUGAGUUCUGGAGUUUAUGGGGAUAAUGGGUCUCUGGUGUAUCACCAUGGAUAUGGGUAUGCACCCUAUGGCCCCUAUUCACCAGCAGGGUCUCCAGUUCCAACCCUGGGAAACGACGGUCAGUUGUACGGGCCUCAACACUAUCAGUAUCCUCCCUAUUUUCAGCCUUUGACUCCAACCAGUGGGCCAUUCACACCUACUCCUGCUGUCCCUCAGGGUGAUGUUUCCACCUCAAUAGCUGCUGAUCAAAAGCCUCUUUCUGUUGAAGCAGUUAAUGGAAAUUCUAAUGGUGUCUCUAAUGGCGGAAAUGCCAAAGGUAAUAAUGGUGCUGCUCUUGUUAUACAUACCUAUCAAAAUUCAUCUUGUAGUUUCAAUGCUUCAUAUGAAAGGGUUACCAUGCCAUGUUGGCGUCCUACUUCAGGUUAUCAGGAUCCGAGAUUUGGCUUUGACGGAGUACGCUCACCUCUCCCAUGGCUAGAUGCCCCACUGUUUUCAGACGGGCAGCCAAGACCUGUAAGUAGCACAACAAUCACUUCUUCAAUAUCAGGUGGCAAUAAUGUUGCUGCUUCAAGGAACCAGACUUUCCGUCCUAAUUCCCAAUUUAUGGGCUUGCACCAUCCAAGACCAAUGCCUGCCAUGGGGGCCACCCCUGGCUUCAUAAAUAGGAUGUAUCCAAACAAAUUGUAUGGUCAGUAUGGGAACACUGUCAGAUCUGGCAUGGGUUAUGGAACGCAUGCAUAUGAUUCUCGCACUAAUGGCCGUGCUUGGUUGGCUGUUGACAAUAAAUACAAAACUAGGGGAAGAAGUGGUGGUUACUUUGGCUAUGGCAAUGAGAACAUGGAUGGUUUGAAUGAACUGAACAGGGGACCUAGGGCCAAGGGAAGUAAGAACCAAAAGGGUUUUGCACCUACUAUUUUGGCAGUCAAAGGGCAGAAUUUGCCGGCCAAUCUAAGCACAGAUGAGGAUAAAGAUAAAACUAGUACUGUUCCAGACCGUGAUGAAUAUAACAAAGCUGAUUUUCCAGAAGAAUAUACUGAUGCCAAAUUUUUUAUCAUCAAGUCUUAUAGCGAGGAUGAUAUCCAUAAAAGCAUCAAGUAUAGUGUGUGGGCCAGUACUCAAAAUGGCAAUAAGAAGCUUGAUGCUGCUUAUCAGGAGGCUCAGCAGAAACCUGGUGGCUGCCCUGUUUUCCUUUUUUUCUCUGUUAACACCAGUGGGCAAUUUGUUGGGCUUGCGGAGAUGAUUGGUCCCGUUGAUUUUAACAGAAGUGUUGAGUAUUGGCAACAAGACAAGUGGAAUGGUUGUUUUCCUCUGAAGUGGCACAUAGUUAAGGAUGUUCCUAACAAUUUGCUGAGGCACAUUACCUUGGACAACAAUGAGAACAAACCCGUCACUAACAGUAGGGAUACACAAGAGGUAAUGCUGGAGCCAGGGCUGAAAUUGAUCAAAAUUUUCAAGGAAUAUACCAGCAAAACAUGCAUUCUGGAUGAUUUUGGGUUCUAUGAGACCCGUCAGAAGACAAUUUUGGAGAAGAAAGCAAAGCAACAAUAUCCAAAGCAGGUAUGGGAAGGGAAACCUGCUGAUGACAAGAUUGAGAUAAACGGGGAAGUUAAUAUACAAAAACCUGAAGUUACCUCAGAACUGCUCAAGGAGUCUACCCUAGCAGAGAAGGAUAGUGAUGACCACAAACUUUCAGAGAAUGUAUCUGUUGCAAAAACUGGAGAUGCCCCAAAGGGUGCUAAACCAGUUGUAUCUGAGAGUAAGAUUGUAGCCAAUGGGGUUGCUAAUGGUUGCUAAGCUCUACUGUAUUUAAAGGUGGUGGUCCAAUCGUGGGUCAAUGUCAUAUCUUGGUCGUUUGCUAUAUAAUACUCAGCAACCUGGUUCCACCUGAUUGGAUCUGUCUUGCCUUCUCUUGCAGUCUGAAGAUGAUGAUCAGUUGACUAGUGAAGAUAAAGAUCUGUAUAUUGAGAUUGGCAUGGCGGAAUUAGUUAAUAGAAUGCUAGCACCAACCCCCUUCCUUUGGGUUUUGUUUACAGUGGUUAGCUCCUAACUAGGGUUUUGGGUUUUUAGGGUUUCUGCUUAAGAUGCUUAUAUCUUUUGGUUUUUGUUCGGGCUUUUAUCUUUUUCUUUCUCAUUUUUUUUCUUUCUUUUAUUUUGUUGGUUGUUUCCUGUCUUGUAAAUCCAGAUCUACUUUGUUGCAGAGCAGCUUAUUUUUGUUACUUUCAACAUGGGUAGAAUCAGGGUGGGAAAUACUGAAAUAUAGUUGGGUUUUUGUUUUUCUUCUAAUUUAGUCUGUUUGUUAAUUUUCCAUCU